AAUUGUAACUGUGGGAUUUCGAGCCGACUCAGGUUUCACGAUGGCUUCCCUUCUGUCGAGGUGCACAAAUUCCUUGAGAAAUCUUAGUAUUUCUCAUGGGAAAUUGCUGGCCCAGAAUGGUGCACGAAGUUUAUGCUCCAGUACAAACAAGCCCACAGUACGGCCUCGUGAUGAACUCCAGAAGGGGCGACUGGUAGAGUUUGGCAACUACGUGGCAGACUGCCUCCCCAAGUAUGUCCAGGAAGUCCAGGUGACCUACGGUAAUGAACUGGAGGUGAUGAUCCAUCCCGAAGGCAUCAUUCCAGUCAUAACCUUCCUCAGGGAUCAUCAUAAUGCACAGUUCAAGUCACUCAUUGACAUCACGGCCAUUGAUGUACCCACAAGGUCUCAUCGCUUUGAGUUGGUGUACAAUCUCCUUUCUCUCCGAUACAAUGAACGUAUUCGUAUCAAGACCUAUACAGAUGAACUGAGUGCUGUAGAUUCAUUAGUACCUGUCUUCAAAGGAGCUGAUUGGCUGGAGAGAGAGGUUUGGGACAUGUACGGUGUAUUCUUUGCCAACCAUCCUGAUUUGAGAAGAAUCCUUACUGACUAUGGCUUUGAGGGCCACCCUCUCAGGAAAGAUUUCCCUCUCAGUGGAUUUGUAGAGGUUCGAUAUGAUGAUGAACUGAAGAGGGUAGUUGCAGAGCCUCUUGAGAUGACUCAGGAAUUCCGCAAGUUUGACCUGUCAAGCCCCUGGGAGUCCUUCCCUAAUCACAGGGAGCCUGCACCAGAGCAACUGGAACAGGGCAAGACAGAGGAGAAGUCGGAUAAAUGAGGGACACCGUAUUAGAAUUGUAUAAAAUACUAUAGAUAUAUUCAGAUAUUAGCAGGUGCAGUGGACUGUAGCAAAUACUGGGGCCCAUUUCAUAACUGCUUACGGUCAUGGUAACUUUGCCAUUAUUGCAACUACCAGGGCAACCUUGAUUAUGAUUUGCUGCUGAGCCUUGUUACCAUGUUAAUUGCCUUUAUGGCAAAGUUACAAUAGUUUAACUCUUUAUGAAAUGGGCCUCUGGUAUAUCAUAUGGAGAUGUCAUUAUACAUGUACUUACAAUCGGUUGUAAAUCUUGUACCUGGUUUGCGAUCGGUGUACAGUUACCUGUACUUGCACAUUUGAUUGAAUGUUUUAUGAAACAGGGACCUUAUCUUUUGAUUGGUAUUGAUGGCAAGCCAUGUGCUAAACAGUUAUGAUUGAUUGUGAGAUUGAUCUAUUUAUGUUGCAGGGCCCAUAUCUAGCAUUGACCUGAAAUGACAGUGACGAGAGAUUUUAAAGGGAGAGGUCAAUACCAAAUGAUAUGCUGUAAAUACAUUUCAGAUUUAUUUGUCAAU